CCUUUCCUUGCAGCAGUUUAGAAAAGCAGAUUGCACUUAGCCAAGGGCCGGGGAAAACCAAAGGAGGGCUAUUGGAAAAGGGUCAGAGCCCUUGCUGAGGGUCCAGGAUGGUUUUUCCCCUGGCUCUGCUCCUGCUAUGGGUAUGUUGCACUGCAGCGGAUGAAGUAACCUGCCAACCACAACAUAUUGAUCAUGGACGUAUACUGGCACAAAGGGCAGUUUAUAAGGAUGGUGAACAAAUACAAUUUUCCUGUGACCGUGGAUACAGACAUGCUGAUAGGAAUGAAGCAACAUGCACUCGGAAUGGGUGGAAUGGACGACUGGAAUGUAUAGAAAUUGUAUGCCUGCCACCCCAUGUAGGAAAUGGUGACUUCCAACCUAAGGAGCUUCAGUUUAGACAUGAGGAACAAAUUGAGAUAGUGUGUCAUGAAGGGUUUCAGAGCAGUGACCAUUUUUCUGUGUGCACCGAACAAGGCUGGCAACCCCCUGCAACAUGUAUACCUAAGAACUGUGGCUAUGUCCGUUUAUCAAAUGGAUAUUUUUAUUACAAUGAACCAUUACAUUCCUUCCCCAAAAGGCUGGGCUAUACAAUGGAUUAUCAUUGUAAUUCUGGUUUUCUGCCACCAAAUAAGGAAAACUGGCAAAAAAUUAAGUGCACCAAGACUGGCUGGGAUCCAGAACCAAAAUGUUUCAAAAUAUGUGAACAGAGGUAUCCUAUUAGAAAUGGCAAAUUCAUUUAUAAUUAUUGGACCCGACCCUUCAUCGAGGGUAACAGAAUCUCCUAUUCUUGUGACAAAGGAUAUCUCUCUGCAUAUGAGAGUGCAACAGCCACAUGCACAAAAGCUGGCUGGUCACCACCACCCAGAUGUAUCAAUUUGACAGAGAUUUGCACAAAGCCAGCUGAAGAGAAUGUUGUCUUUAACACAACCAAAGCCAUUUCAUUUUUCAAGGAAACACUUCGCUAUGAAUGUAAAGAGGGUUUUGAAACCAUUAAAAAGACUAUAGAUGGCCACACACAAUGCACAGAGAAUGGAUGGGACCCAAGCCCUGCCUGUCUGCCCAUUGAAUGUGAAGCCCCUGUUCUGGAGAAUGGAAGAGUGGAGGAAAUAAAAGGCAAAUAUGUGAAUGGAGAUGUGGUGCGGUUUUCCUGUCUGAGAGGGUACACGAGAGUUGGGCCUGACUCUGCCCAGUGUUACCACUUUGGAUGGUUUCCCCAGCCUCCCAUCUGUAAAGAAAUCCAGUCACUUACAUGUGAGAAUAUUGCCCCGCUCAACGGCUUUUUCAUGAGCCAACAAGAUCACUUUUCCCUCAAUGAGAAAGUGGCCUAUGGCUGUCAGAGUGGCUUCGCAACUCUGGAAGGACAUAAGAAGGGAGAGACACAAUGCCUGGCAGAAGGGUGGAGGCCAGAGCCAAAGUGUGUCAGACUCUGCCCACCACCACCUCAGCUUCCAAAUGCUGUCAGUAUAACAGAGAUGAGAAACUACAGGAGUGGUGAAGAGGUUGUCUUCAAGUGUGUGGAAAAUUUUAUUCUUCAAGGACCACAACAAAUAAUGUGUGAAGGAGGAAGAUGGCAGACCCCCCCACGCUGUGUUGAAACAUCAUGUCAGAAGCCUCCCACCAUCCUCAAUGCUUCAUAUCGUAACGCUGUGAAAAGCUCCUAUGAGCCUAGAGAAACAAUAGAUUAUGAGUGCCAUCCUGGUUUUGUUGCUGAAGGACCACAAACUAUUACAUGCAGAAGAGGAGAAUGGUCACAGCCUUCCACCUGUGAAGAUGUAAGAUGUCCUCUUCCACCUGCUAUUCCAAAUGGUCAAAUUAAUGGAAUCAUAAAGGAAAGUUAUUUGCCUUUGGAGAAAUUGAAGUAUCAAUGUCUCCCCCCCUACAGUCUUUUUGGAUCUUCUACAGUAAGGUGUUUGAAUAAAGAAUGGACAAGCAUACCAGAGUGCAGAGCUGCUGCAGGAAGAUGUGAUCGCCCACCUGCUAUAGAGAAUGGAGACACUCUGGAAAUGCAUAAGCCCAAUUAUAUGCCGGGAGAUAAUGUGCACUAUAAAUGCCAAAACAUGUACAGAAUGGAUGGAAAUGCAGAAGUAAUUUGCCAAAAUGGUCAUUGGACAGAACCACCAACCUGUAUAGCUCCUUGCUCAACAAGCGAAGAAGACAUGAACAUGAACAAUAUACAGUUGAAGUGGAAAUACGACUCAAAACUGUAUGCAGAAUCUGGAGAUAUUACAGAAUUUGCCUGUAACUGGGGCUACCGUGCAGAUCGUAAUUCUCCUCCAUUCAGAGUACAGUGUGUAGAUGGCAGACUUGAAUAUCCAAGAUGUGUAAGACAGGUAUAAGAUGAAGGAGGAGAAGCAUAAAACCAAGAUUUUUAACCAGCAUACUAUCUUCCAGAAUCAUUAGUCACUUAUCUUAAAAAUAAUUACAUUCAGCAAGAUUUUUACAAAUGCCUUUUUCAUGGUUUUUAUGCAGCUGCUCACAGUGAAUUAUGAACAUUGAAAAAACUUGGUUGUGAGAUCAGAUGCAUUCCCAGGAAUGCAUCAUAGCUAGCAUUUAUUCCAAUUAAGAAUUAAACCCAAGAUGAAAUCCAAAAUCAUUUUAAAAUCCAUUUGGAUAUCUAAGUAUACAUCUUUGCUUUGUUGCAAUAAUUCCUGGCAACUUUGACUGGUCUACUUUCUACAAGCUCUAAUUUUCUACAUUGUUUCUAUGUUCUAUAUGCUAUAAUCCACUUGUUGUAAUAUCCGAAAUAAAUGAAACUGUAGGCACAUAACAUAAAUCUGUAAGUCUUACAACUAUUAGAAGUUCCAGACAUUCAAAUACCAAACCUAACGCAAAAAUAUAGGAGCAUUAUAGCCUAUAAAGGCAGAUAAUAUAUCUCUACAACAUUUCAUUUAAGAAUGUUAGUAGAACUUAAAAAAUUUAAAAGCUUUCUUGAAAAUUCAUGAAAAAAUAAGAAUAUAAGGUGAAAACCAUUAUUUGGCUCUAAGCACGUUAGACAUACCAAAAAUCACUACAAAAUAUUCUCAACUUAUUGAAGUCACUAUAAAGUCCAUUGUUGUUUGAUGAAAUGAAGCCUUGAUGCUUCAAUGAGAGGUCUCCUUCGUGGAUUGUUUGGUUGGUGAUUCUCAAAAGUAUUUAUCCUUUAGGUGUUUCUAUCUUUAAUAUAAGUAAUUAGUCAUCUUAUCUGGUUUUCCUUAGAGGUAGAGGAUGGCUUGGGUUGCCACUUCUAUACAAAUCUCCAUAGAUUUAGAAAAAGUCUCGGCACAGAUUUUUUUUUAAUGUAAUGUGUUUUGUCUUUGAAUGGAGAAGGCAGGGGAUCAUAGCCUCUGUGAAUGGCAAAGCCAGUGGAUCAGUAGACCUGCCAAUGGCAGUCUCUGGUACUCUGAAAUCUAUAUUAACAUUGAUAGAUGGCACAAUU